CGGCAGAUGAGCGAAGACACGCGGAGCGCAAAACCUGCGGAGAUUUAAAUGUGCGCGGACCGUCACGCCACGGCACAGUCCUUUCACUCACCACCAGCGAUAUGCCACGAACUAGAGAUUUCUGGUUUUCGAUUGUUGGUCAAGAAAGAGUAAUCUAAACUCCAGUGUUGGGACUAGUGGGACACCGGUACGAUGAGUAAACUCGGUCCUUUCAGUAAUCUUGCCAAGUUUAUCUCAAAGUCGCCUGAUAAUGGGCCAGUCAGUAGGGAGCAGCUCUGCAUGGAAGACUGCAAACCUCUGUGCCGCUGCGGGCCGGACCCGUGCGUUUGUUCUUUCUCACCGAAUAGUAAAGAUGGAUCCAAGGAAUAUAAGGAAAAUGGAAGUCCACCGGAAAACUGGGCGCCUGAAAAACAUGCUUUUGAUAAUCUUGCCUAUGAACCAAUUGACCACAGUGGACUUAAGCGCAAUUUGGGCCACCAAUUAGCAGUCAAGGAGAGCGAGGUGAAGAUCCGGGUGCAGGGAAUGACCUGUCAAUCAUGUGUCCGAUCUAUUGAAGAGCGGAUUGGAAGUCUUGAAGGUGUUGUUGGUGUCCAAGUGUCUCUGAGUGAUAAAGAAGCCUCUUUGAAGUUUAACCCUGUAAUGAUAACACCAGACGUUUUGAGAAAACAUAUUGAGGAUAUGGGGUUUGAUGCUUCACUUCUGGCCUUGCAGAGUCAACUGCAUCCUUCGGUGGCUGACUGCUCUGAGGUAACGUUAGGCGUAGAAGGGAUGCAUUGUGGGUCAUGUGUGAAGAACAUAACAGAAACCUUGUCGGAAGUGGUAGGUGUCAACUCUGUAUUUGUUUCACUGGAAAAAGGAAGUGUGGACCUUAGAUUCGACCCAUCGCUGCUUACCCUGGAGACAGUUAAAGGGCUCUUAGAGGAGAUUCCACCAGGGAAUUUUAUGGUUUCCAUUCCUGGUUGGAAUUCUAGAUUGAAUUCUGCCAGUAUUCCACCCCAGACUGUUACUAUCGGAAUAGAAGGAAUGACAUGUAACUCGUGUGUUCAAGCCAUAGAGGGAAUGGUGUCCCAGAGAGUCGGAGUACAUGCCAUAAAAGUUAACUUACAGGAAAAGAAGGGAAUUGUAACAUUUGACUCCAGCUUGACUAGUCCAGAAGAACUGCGGGCGGCAAUUGAGGACAUGGGAUUUGAAGCGUGGCUGGAUCAAGAUUCUGGAGUUUAUGAUGUUUCAUCAAGCAGUCAAAUGUCAAGUGAUCUGAAACAAAGCCACACAUCCAAAUCUUCACCAAUCGAAAUCACCAGAGACAACCCCUGUGUCUCAGAGGACAGAGAGACACGCAAAUGUUUCGUUCAUGUGACAGGGAUGACCUGUGCAUCCUGUGUGGCCAACAUUGAGAAAAAUCUGUUGAAACACAAAGGUAUUAAAUCAGUAUUUGUCGCUCUGAUGGCUGGUAAGGCAGAGGUAAAGUAUGAUCCAGGGCUUUUGGACCCAGCACAGAUCGUCCAGCUCAUCUCUCGCUUAGGGUUUGGUGCCUCAGUGAUGGAAGAGAAUACAGUCCAGGACGGUGUCUUGAAUCUUUCUGUCACCGGUAUGACAUGUGCUUCCUGUGUCCAUAACAUCGAAAGCAAACUUAUGAGGACAAAGGGAAUACUGGAAGCCUCUGUUGCUUUGGCGACAAACAAAGCUCAUGUGAAGUUUGACCCGGAUUUGAUUGGCUCUAGAGAUAUCGUCCGAAUUAUUGAGGGUUUGGGUUUUGGUGUGUCUUUAAUAAAAAAUAAGGGACUGAACAACACACUGGACCACCAAGAGGAAAUUCGGCAAUGGAAGCAUUCGUUUCUGUUCAGUUUGGUGUUUGGGAUCCCAGUGAUGGGUCUGAUGAUUUACAUGAUGGUGAUGGACAGUCAACACAAGGAACAUGGUGGUUCCAUGCCUGUGGACCAGAACAUCCUACCUGGUCUCUCCAUCAUUAACUUGGCCUUCUUCCUGCUUUGCACACCUGUUCAGUUUCUAGGUGGACGUUACUUCUACAUACAAGCAUACCGUUCGCUAAGACAUGGUGUAGCCAACAUGGAUGUGCUCAUAGUCUUGGCGACCACCAUUGCAUACGUGUAUUCAUUCAUAGUGCUGAUCGUAGCCAUGAUUGAAGGAGCCAAACAGAGUCCUCUGACAUUUUUUGACACUCCUCCGAUGCUUUUUGUGUUCAUCGCUCUAGGACGCUGGCUGGAGCAUGUUGCUAAGAGUAAAACAUCUGAGGCUCUGGCUAAACUGAUGUCACUUCAGGCCACAGAUGCCACUAUAGUGACCCUGGGCAGAGACAACACCAUCAUCAGAGAAGAGCAGGUUUCUGUGGAGCUGGUGCAGAGAGGUGAUGUGGUAAAGGUGGCACCAGGGGGAAAGUUCCCUGUUGACGGCAAGGUCAUUGAAGGCACGUCUAUGGCAGAUGAGUCCCUUAUCACUGGGGAGCCAAUGCCGGUCAUUAAGAAACCAGGCAGUUGUGUGAUUGCAGGCUCUAUUAACGCUCAUGGAGCUCUGCUAGUGGAAGCCACACAUGUAGGGGCAGAGACCACGCUCAGCCAGAUAGUCAAACUAGUGGAAGAGGCCCAGACAUCAAAGGCACCGAUUCAGCAGUUAGCUGACAAACUGAGUGGCUAUUUCGUUCCGUUUAUAGUGGUGAUCUCCGUGCUGACAGUGGUUGCAUGGCUUAUCAUUGGCUUUCUGGACUUUGAAGUUGUGGCAAAGUAUUUCCCUGGUUACAACCAAAACAUCCCCCGAACAGAGGUGAUCGUUCGCUUUGCGUUCCAGGCCUCCAUCACAGUUCUGUCCAUCGCAUGCCCCUGCUCUCUGGGUCUGGCGACCCCCACUGCUGUUAUGGUGGGCACAGGGGUGGGCGCUCAGAAUGGCAUUCUCAUAAAGGGAGGAGAACCUCUGGAGAUGGCCCACAAGGUUGGGGCUGUUAUGUUUGAUAAGACGGGCACCAUCACUAAUGGUGUGCCGCAGGUGACCAGAGUACUGGUCCUGUGGGACCGAGCAAGGCUUCCUCUUCGGAAGGUUCUGGCUGUGGUGGGCACCGCUGAGGCCAGCAGUGAACACCCGUUGGGCAUGGCUGUGGCCAAGCAUUGCAAAGAGGAGUUGGGAACAGAAACUCUGGGCUACUGCCAUGACUUCCAGGCUGUUCCUGGCUGUGGAAUCAGCUGUAAAGUCUCCAACAUUGAGGAUCUGCUGCAGAACAGCCCAAAGACACAAGAAACAAACACAUCCGCAGCAAAGCAAACACCACUUCUUGUCACCCUCCAAGGAGCCACCACAGAUGAGAGCAGCUUGUUGGCAGACACAGACACACGUUCAGGGUCAGAGAGCCCUUCAUACUCUGUUUUGAUUGGGAACAGACAGUGGAUGAUGAGGAAUGGUUUGGAGGUCACAGCUGAUGUGGAUGAUGCCAUGAGCAGCCAUGAGACUAAAGGACAGACGGCCAUACUUGUGGCCAUCGACGGUGUGCUGUGUGCUAUGUUAGCUGUGGCAGACACAGUGAAGGAAGAGUCGGCUCUAGCUGUUCACACCCUGAGGUUUUGCAUUUGUGCAUUUGUACACGGUUUUGUUAUACAGGUGGGCAUAAGAAAAGUGUUUGCGGAAGUCUUGCCCUCCCAUAAAGUGGCAAAAGUCCAGGAAUUGCAGGAACGAGGUCUGAAAGUUGCAAUGGUGGGCGAUGGAGUCAAUGAUUCACCCGCUCUUGCCCAUGCUGAUCUGGGCAUUGCCAUAGGAACGGGUACAGAUGUAGCCAUUGAAGCAGCAGAUAUUGUCCUUAUACGGAAUGAUUUGCUGGAUGUGGUGGCCAGUAUCGAGUUGUCUAAAAAGACAGUGCAGAGAAUCCGGAUAAACUUUGUGUUUGCUCUCAUUUACAACUUGCUUGGCAUCCCUAUUGCAGCAGGUGUGUUCAUGCCGGUUGGGAUUGUACUGCAGCCAUGGAUGGGCUCUGUUGCGAUGGCAGCUUCGUCUGUCUCAGUUGUGCUCUCCUCUCUACUGCUGCGACUCUACAAGAAGACGUCAGCAGAAGAGUACGAGUCCAGAGCUCAGAAUCAUAGGCUCAGUCUGAGUCCGUCUCAGGUCAGCACCCAUGUAGGACUGGAAAACCGUCACUGUAGCCCUCUCUCAUUCCGCCGGAGCUUGGACAGACACAGGCGGAGCCAUUCAAGAUCAGGCUCCUCCUCCUCCCUGAAAUCAAACUCCUCCCACCCCUCCACAACACAACCAUACAGCACCUCAGGGAGGAACAUUGUGUAAGCAACUAGCCAUGAGCAGUCUUGAUGGCAGUUGACUGGAAAUAUUUUAUCAUGGAACGACGACUGGGGAAUACAGUUUUAUAAGUGUUCAGUUUUUAUAUAAUUUUACAAUGAUAGAUUUUAUCAAGAAUUUUGCAUGAUAGUGAAAGAUUUCCUGAUGCAGAUUCAAGAAAGAGGUUCAUGUUGAUUUUUGCUAACACCAAUUUUACCUUUUAAAAGUUGUCUGCUGCAUUUUAAUUAGUGUUUAGCAACAUCAACAUUCUUUGUUUAUUGCAUUGGAGGAUGGCAAUGUACAUGAUAAUCAUGCAUGUAAAACCAGUUUAAUUUGGUACUAAAAGUAUCAUGACAAUGUACUAAUUGCUUGUUUUCUUACCUUUAAAACCUUACCUUUUUUCUAAUGGUAGAAUCUAGAAGAAUCAGUGUCCAAUAAUGAAUGUAGUAAGCCCUUAAUUAUUGAUAGAUAAUAGAAUAGUAUUACUGGAUCAGGUUAUUUGACAUUGGUCUCUUGUGGUUUGGAGAAUGAAUGGAUCUCUUUGUACAGUACAAGGUCGAUUAGGCAUUUCAUGGCCAACAGGUGGCAGUAAUGUUAAACAGUUUAGAGAUGGAAAGGAUAUGGCUGGAUUGUAUGGAAUGUCACUGGUUAAACAGUUUGAUUAGUAGGGUUUGUAGAAAAUAAUUGAUUUGACUUUGAUCCGACAGUAGAUUCAUAAUGGAUUCAUACAAUUAUCUGACAGUUUGCUUCCAGAUUACGUUUAAGGAUAAAAGACGUGUCAGAAUAAAUGUAGAGGCACCUUUACAGUGACACUUUUAUUUUAGAAAAAGUGGAUAUGUUUAUUAAAUAUACAGUUAGCGGUGUAAAACGAGCCUGUCCAUGAGUUUUCAGAUACAAAAUAAAGUGCAUGGUCCCAGCAUGGCCUUGUCAUGUGCUGUAUGUAAGUUGUGUUACAUCAUUACAAUAUAGGACAGAAGUAAUCCCAUCCUGUUUCAUUCAUCCAUCAGCAGUACAUUCAAAUGGCUAAAUAUACAGUAAUGCAGCACACAAUCACUCAAGAUGGUCACCAAAAAUACAAAGUACCUACUAUUUGUAAAAGUGAAAAGUUAAUAUUUUUGUCGCAGUGGUAUUAUGGGGUUACAGUAUGCUUGUGCGAUUGGUUUAAGCAUGUUUCUCAAAUUUAGCCAGAUCGCUUAGAGUAUUUUGCAUAGCUCCUUAUGUUAAAGAGGUCAUUGUGAGCAAUUAAAUAUUCUUUUUUUUU